AUGGUCAACCCAGACGGUUAUAAUGGCCAUGAUAAUGGAGUUCCACCAGAAAACCUCUCAGACCUGUUGCAAGACUUCGCUAUUGACAAUAUUCUGCUCGCGCGUCGUUGUGAGAUUCUUGCUGAGAAGUACGAUUACAGAAUCAAGCUUUCAACCCUGAAAAACUUGAACAAACACUUCAAAAUUGCCUCGGCUCGUCGGCCUCCUCCUGCUCAUAUUGCUCGAUCAUUAAUCGCAAAACAAAUGGCGGAGAAUCCUACUGGCACCAAUGGUCCAAACACCAUUCAGAAGCGUGUGGCUCUUCUUGACGGGGUCCCACUUGCACGUGGUUUUGUCCGAGAUGCAAUGUGCACCCUGGAUCCUGCAGGUCCCAGCCGUCGUUUUCCUGUCAAACGGUCACGCAAGCCACGCACAGCCCUAACCGAUGUUGCCGUCUUUUUACGAAAUACAUCUUGA